AUGUAUCGGAAGUUGUCUAAGUUAGAACACUCGGAAAUAAAACAACUUCUUACAGAAGCUAACAUAGAUGUUGCAAAACAUUACGCGACAAACAAAAAAGCACUCGCUGACAUCCUCAAUGACUACAAUGGUGAAAUAACUUAUGAUAGAAUUCAUGAGUUCAUAAAUGCAAGAGCAUUUCCUUUAAAUGACGUUGCUAUUGACUUAUAUCAUAGACGUUCAAUACCUCAUGAAGUAAGGCGUGAGAUGUUUGACAUAACAAAUGCGAACGUUGGUCAUACUCGUAAAGUUCUUUCUCAUGAUGUUCGUCAAGAGAUGUUUGAACUUACGAACUCAAACGUUGGUGAAACACGAAAGAGAGAUGACACACUGAAACAACAGAGAAGAGAGAUGUUUAAAAAUGCUAUAGAACAAGUUCGCAAAGCUAACGAUGUCAUUCGUUCCAUUGACGACAAACCAAAAGAAGGUGAGAGAUGGUUAAAGAAAGAUGAAGAGAAUAGGAAGAGAAAUGUGAAGUCAG